ACCACAUUUGAGGCUGCAUUGAAUUGGAAUUACCAACCGGACUCUUUUACCAUUUUAUUUCCUCAGACCGUCAUCAUGGCUGACCCCAAACCAGCAGUCUACGUCCUAGACCCAUACCAUCCAGACGCCAUCGCAGUCCUGCAACAAUCAUCCGACAUCAAUGUCAUUCUCCCAAAAGACCCAAAUAAGAGCCAAUAUGCAGAGAAUGCCACUGCAGUCAUGCUCCGCAGCGAGACUCGUUUAGGCGCUGAUGAACUCGCCAAAUGCAAAAAGCUGAAAUACAUCGUCAAACAAGGCGUUGGCGUCGACAACAUCGAUCUCAAAGCAGCUACGGCUGCGGGCAUCAAAGUGUACAACACCCCCGGUCUGAACGGAGAAGCAGUUGCUGAGCUCACACUCGCGUUGGCUUUGACGCUGUCACGACGAGUCGCUGAGAUUGAUCGUCGAACGCGAAACGGCGAGUCUAUCGUGAGAAGUCAGACUCUCGGAAAGAGCUUGUUCAAGAAGACUUUGGGAGUGGUUGGAAUGGGAAAUAUUGGGUUCGCUGUUGCUAAGAAGUGGGUUGGAGCUAUGGAAGGCAAUAUCGUCGCUUAUGACCCCUUCUCGAAUGGAAACCAGUGGCUUAGAACCUUUGGCGAAAGCAACUUCCGCCAGGUUUCAACGCUGCAUGAUCUUCUGAGAACAUCAGAUGUUGUAACUCUUCAUCUGCCUCUUACCGGAGACACCGAGAACAUCAUUUCCUCCGCAGAGUUUAACACUAUGAAGGACGGUGCAAUUCUACUCAACUGCGCACGAGGAGGGAUUGUUGAUGAAGUCGCAUUGCUAUCUGCACUGAAAAGUGGAAAGCUGUUUGGUGCUGGCUUAGAUGCCAUGCUCGUUGAGCCUCCGACUGUUGAGGCAUACCCAGAGUUGCUGUCGCUGCCAAAUGUUGUUUUGACGCCGCAUGUUGGAGCUUCAACGGUUGAGAAUCAGAGUCAGAGUGGAAUGGCGGUUGCGGAAAUCACGAUGGCGCUUUUGAGAGGGGAGGACAAAGGGAAUAGGGUAGCUUAGUUGCUUAAUCGAG